ACAGUCGAUUCGUGUUUCCCGUGUCGUGCACCACCAGUCCACCCAGUCUAGUCGCGCUCGGAAUUUCACUAUGAGAGACUUGAACAAGAAACCGAGUUUCCAGAGCGUGUUCGCACCUGGGAAGUUCGAGUCGCAGCUGAUGAACGGCGAUCACACGCCGACGCCGAUGGUCGAUGACGAAGGGAAGGAGCUGAUCGAUCCUUUCUGCAUAAAGGAUCAGCCGCAGAAGAUCACAUUUCAAGAUAUUACGUCGGCAGCGUUCAAGAUAAAAUCCGGAAUUAUCAAAACGCCAUGUGUGAAAUCGCGUCUGUUGAACACCGGGAUGGACAUCUAUCUGAAGAAAGACUUCGUUCAGGUUACCGGUAGUUUCAAGGAACGCGGCGCCCGAUACGCUCUGCUGCAGCUCGCCGACGAGCAGAAGCGCAUCGGUGUAAUAUCGGCCUCGUUGGGCAACCAUGCUUUGGCCCUCUGCUAUCACGGACAGGAGCUGCAGAUCCCUGUGACGGUGGUGAUGCCGGUGGUAGCACCGAUAAUGAAGAUCGCGGCGUGUCGACAGUACGGUGCGAACGUCAUCGUCGACGGCAUGGACAUGGGGGAGGCCAAGAGAAUCGCUUUGAAGCAGGCAAAGGAGAAAGGCUUGAUCUACAUCAACGGGUACGAUCACCCGCACAUCAUGGCUGGCCAAGGGACUCUCGGCUUGGAGAUCAUCGAGCAAGUUCCAGAUAUAGACGCGGUGGUGGUGCCGGUUGGUGGUGGUGGAUUAAUAGCGGGUGUCGCGUUGGCUGUCAAGACGCUUCGUCCGAAUUGCAUGAUCAUUGGAGUCGAGUCGGAGAGAUGUCCGAGUUAUCAUGCGGCGCGUGAAGCCGGUAAACCAACGUACACCUCCAUACAGUCCACUUUGUCCGAUGGAUUGGCCGUUCCCAUGGUGGGAUAUAACGCGUUCGCCACUGCGGAUCCGCUGAUCGAUAAAAUGGUCGUGGUGAAGGAAGAGUGGAUUGCGAUCGCGAUUCUGAAGCUGAUAGAAAAUGAGAAGUGCAUUGUCGAGGGUGCGGGAGCGACAGGUUUAGCGGCCAUCUUGGCCGGUCAGCUCGAUGAGCUUAAGGGGAAAAGGGUGGUGUUACUAUUGUGCGGCGGCAACAUCGACACGACCGUCUUGGGCAGAUGCCUGGAGCGUGGAUUGGCCGCCGAGGGCCGUCUCCUGAAAUUCACGGUGACAGUCUCGGACCGGCCGGGCGGUAUUGCGGAGCUCUGCACGACCCUGGCGAGCAUCGGCGUCUCCAUCAAGGACAUCAUCCACGAACGGGCUUGGAUAAUGUCCGACAUAUUCAGCGUGGAUGUCAAGGUUGUCUGCGAGACUAGAGAUCGGCAACACGCCGAACAGCUGAAGAAUCUACUUCACCAAAAUUAUCACAGGGUCGUUUUCGGCAGCGAGGAUAGCUUCACUUUAUCGCCGAUUGCAAACAGUAAUUCAGAGAAGAAAUAAAGAUAAUAACACUUUAUAAUUAGAAUGUUCGUACGAUAUAUAUAUAUAUAUAUAUAGCAUCAUCGAAUGAUCUUUUCGCAGUUCUGUAAUGAGUUAGAUUCGGCUGGCGACGACUAUGUGGGUGUGUAAUUUAUGUAAGAAUAUAAAAAUUAUGUAAAAUUGAGUGUAGGUGUUAUUAAUAUGAGAUUCAGCAUGUUAAAGUUCAAUAACAGAAGUCUUCUUUCCAGGA